GUAAUUUGAAGCAUCAUCAGAAAAUCCAACUACUUUGGUUUUGGCUACCCUGCUUCCGCAUUGUGCUGUGGUGGAGGCCGAAGAUUGGUAGCUGGUUGAUAUUGGUUUUCAGAGAAGCAGUUCUUGGUUGAUCAUCAUUUUGAGGAGAAAAUAAUGGCUGAAGGACGAAAUCCUGAUGAUUUGGCAACAGCCAUCUUGCGCAAGAAGGAUCGACCCAACAGACUUCUUGUUGAAGAAGCUGUAAACGAUGAUAAUUCUGUGGUUGCAUUGUCGCAGACAAAAAUGGAUGAACUCCAACUGUUCAGAGGAGAUACUGUUCUUCUUAAAGGAAAAAGGAGGAAAGAAACUGUAUGCAUAGUGUUAUCAGAUGACACAUGUCCUGAUGAAAAAAUAAGAAUGAAUCGUGUUGUACGCAACAAUUUACGUGUCCGUUUGUCAGAUGUUGUCUCUGUGCAACCUUGUCCUGAUGUUAAAUAUGGAAAAAGGAUACAUGUACUUCCAAUUGAUGAUACAGUAGAAGGUCUAACUGGGAAUUUAUUUGAGGUGUACUUAAAACCUUAUUUUCUUGAAGCAUACCGACCCAUUCACAAAGAUGAUGCAUUUAUUGUUCGUGGUGGUAUGCGAGCAGUGGAAUUCAAAGUUGUGGAAACAGAUCCAUCACCAUAUUGCAUUGUUGCUCCAGAUACUGUUAUUCACUGUGAGGGUGAUCCAAUAAAACGUGAAGAGGAAGAAGAAGCAUUAAAUGCUGUUGGUUAUGAUGACAUUGGAGGUUGCCGAAAACAGUUAGCACAGAUCAAGGAAAUGGUAGAAUUGCCGUUACGACAUCCCAGUCUCUUCAAAGCUAUUGGUGUUAAGCCACCAAGAGGAAUAUUAUUGUAUGGGCCCCCUGGAACUGGUAAAACUCUCAUUGCUAGGGCUGUGGCCAAUGAAACUGGUGCUUUCUUCUUUUUAAUUAAUGGUCCUGAAAUAAUGAGCAAGUUAGCUGGCGAGUCUGAAAGCAACUUGCGUAAGGCAUUUGAAGAAGCUGAUAAGAAUGCUCCAGCAAUUAUAUUUAUUGAUGAACUAGAUGCAAUUGCCCCUAAAAGAGAAAAAACUCAUGGAGAAGUGGAACGUCGCAUAGUUUCACAGCUUCUAACUUUAAUGGAUGGUUUGAAGCAAAGUUCCCAUGUUAUUGUUAUGGCUGCCACAAACAGGCCCAACUCCAUUGAUGGUGCCCUGCGCCGCUUUGGCAGAUUUGAUAGGGAAAUUGAUAUUGGUAUACCAGAUGCCACUGGUCGCCUUGAAAUUCUUCGUAUCCACACUAAGAAUAUGAAAUUAGCUGAUGACGUUGAUUUAGAACAGAUUGCUGCAGAAACUCACGGUCAUGUUGGGGCAGAUUUGGCCUCCUUGUGUUCAGAAGCUGCAUUACAGCAAAUUAGAGAAAAAAUGGACCUCAUUGAUUUAGAAGAUGAUCAAAUUGAUGCAGAAGUUCUAAGUUCUCUUGCUGUGACAAUGGAUAAUUUCAGGUAUGCAAUGGGUAAGAGCAGUCCCAGUGCUCUCCGUGAGACAGUUGUGGAAGUGCCCAACAUUACUUGGGAAGAUAUUGGUGGACUUGAGAAUGUCAAACGUGAACUUCAAGAGCUUGUGCAGUAUCCAGUUGAACAUCCUGACAAGUUUUUGAAAUUUGGAAUGCAGCCAUCUAGAGGAGUUUUGUUUUACGGUCCUCCUGGUUGUGGUAAAACUUUGCUGGCCAAGGCCAUUGCCAAUGAAUGCCAGGCUAACUUCAUCUCUGUAAAGGGCCCUGAAUUAUUGACUAUGUGGUUUGGAGAAUCUGAAGCAAAUGUCAGAGAUGUUUUUGAUAAGGCUCGAGCUGCAGCUCCGUGCGUUUUGUUCUUUGAUGAACUUGAUUCUAUUGCAAAAUCAAGAGGGGGCAAUGUUGGUGAUGCCGGAGGUGCUGCAGACAGAGUUAUCAAUCAAAUUUUGACUGAAAUGGAUGGUAUGGGAGCAAAGAAAAAUGUCUUUAUUAUUGGUGCGACCAAUCGUCCAGACAUUAUUGAUCCUGCUAUUCUUAGGCCAGGACGUCUUGACCAGUUAAUUUACAUUCCUCUGCCUGAUGAGAAGUCAAGGGAGGCUAUCUUUAGGGCUAAUCUACGCAAAUCACCUGUUGCAAAGGAUGUAGAUAUGAACUACAUUGCCAAGGUGACACAUGGUUACUCUGGUGCAGAUCUUACAGAAAUUUGUCAACGAGCUUGUAAACUAGCAAUUCGUCAGAGUAUUGAAGCUGAAAUUAGGCGAGAAAGAGAGAGAGCUAAUAAUCAGAAUUUAGCUAUGGAUAUGGAUGAAGAGGAUCCUGUCCCUGAAAUAACACGUGCUCACUUUGAAGAAGCAAUGAGAUUUGCCCGAAGAUCAGUAUCUGACAAUGACAUUCGCAAAUAUGAGAUGUUUGCUCAGACUUUGCAACAAUCUCGGGGUUUUGGUACGAACUUCAGAUUUCCUUCAGCGAAUCCUGCAGCUGCCUCCCAAGGGGGUACAAGUGGAGAUCAGGGUAAUUUCCAAGAUGACGGGGAUGAUGACCUGUAUAGCUAAACAUUGAACUGUCAAAGGCUGUGUUAUAGUGAAUUUCAAAACAGCGUUAAUCACAGGUUGUAACACUGGCAUGCUCUGUGUAUCCAUGAGUAACUUCACACAAUGAAGACCAACCUUUAGUUUUUGAAUUGAAGACUUGUGAUACAGUUGAAAAAUUGUCUCCACUAUUGGUUUCUGAAUUCGCAGCUUAAAAUGGUAUGUGUGUGGCAAAAGAGUGCAUGUGUGUAUGUGUUUAUUGUAACAGUACCUCCCUUAUGGAAUAUAGGUGUACAUGGAAAGUUCUUAGUUCUCAAAUUUGUAUUGCAGUUAUUUACUUAUGUAAUUUAGUGGGUGAUAUUUGUGAAGUGAUACUUUUAAACAUGAAUGUAAAACAGCUCUGCUUGUUACUGUUUUGUUCUGGAAUAGUGGUUGGUCUUGUGGAAGCAGAGAAAUUCCUGUAACGCACUACUUUAAAAUAAAUUUUGAAAAAAUUCCAAUUAGUUGUACUGAAUCACAA